GGCCCGGGAGACGACGAGGAGGAGGCGGCGGCGGCUGCUACCCUCGCCAGAAGGAGGCUGAGUCGCCCGGCUGAGACAGACAGCCACAGGAGAAGGCGGCGGCAGGAGGCGCCGUGUCCCCGCGCGGCGCGGGCGACCCUGAGCGGAGGGACGCGCGGAGCUCCCCUCAUGGCCGAAGCGAACGGGUUGGCUCCAGGCGGCGGCUCCGAGGGAGGCGAAAGCCCGCCCGCCGCUGCCGUCCCGUCUGCGGAGGGGGAGAAGAAGAAGAGGAGGAGGGCAGAGCUGAAGGUGGUGGUCGUGGGGGACGGGGGGUGCGGGAAGACCUCGCUGCUGCUAGUCUACGCCAAGGGCGCUUUCCCUGAGCAAUAUGCUCCUUCAGUAUUUGAAAAAUACAGCACUAGUGUCACUGUGGGCAAAACAGAAGUCAUCCUUAACUUGUAUGACACUGCAGGGCAAGAGGAUUAUGAUCGCCUACGGCCACUUUCAUACCAAAACACAAACAUAGUAUUAAUUUGCUAUGAUGUCAUGAAUCCCACUAGCUUUGAUAAUGUAUUAAUUAAGUGGGCUCAUGAAGUGAACCACUUUUGCCGUGGAACGCCCAUAGUACUUGUUGGAUGCAAAACAGACCUCCGAAAGGACAAGGAGCAGCUACGGAAGCUCCGCUCUGCUCAGCAAGAGCCCAUCACUUACAACCAGGGCGAAGAAGCCUGUCGCCAGCUGAAUGCAGACGUUUACCUGGAGUGUUCAGCCAAGAUUCGUGAAAAUGUUGAGCAGGUCUUUAAGGAAACAGCAAACAUUGCACUGAGAGCGAUUAAAAAGGCCAAGCGUCAGAAGAAACAGCGGCCAUGUGCCAUAUUAUGAGGCUAAUCUGGACCUUACAGACCACAGAAACUGUUUUUCCAUCUUCCUCCAGCAAUUAGCAAAGCUUUUUAAUAUUUUACUUCAAUUUUAACUGACUGUUUUUUCAGUCGGAUUUUCUGGAAAAUGGACUCCUUUUUAUACAAUCUGGUUUAGUCGCACCUUCCCCAUUUCCAUUUGCCACUGGUGUUCUCUAGGGUCAUUUAGUUGCAAUUAUAAGAGUGGUCUGUGUGAGGUACUCCUACUGCAAGUAAGGUAAGGUCUGCAGGAUCAGAGCUUUGCCAUUUUUAAAUACUCAUGUUCUUGCUUUAAAACAAUUAUUUAAAAAGAUAACCUGUCAUUCCUUAAGCAACUGAAAUGUUUCCACAAGAAAAACAAAAUGUUAAUCUGGGAGAACACACACACUUUUCUCCAUUUAAAGAUGUUGUGAGAAACAAGAGAAGGGAAUUAAGUUCUAAUGGCUGGAAUUCUGGAUAUUGUGUCAACUGAUUACAUGGGGCAAAAGUCAGCUUCUGUUUGUACCGCGUGCACAGAAGAGCUCAUAAAGAUAUGAUUUAAAUCA